AUGACUCACGAUCGCGAUACUAUUGAACUGGGAGAUGUGUCGGUGGACUCGCCGACAGUCUCUACAAAUGCGGAAACAUCUCUGGGGGACCCUGAAAUAACGGUUACGAGUGAGUCGCCAGACACAGCCUUGGUGCGAGAUGUUGAAUGGAAAGGUGAUAUUGUCACUGUGUUUCCCUUGGACUACCAAAAGGUACCCAUGGUCAAAUAUCAGAUCAUAUCGUGUCUGAUGUUAUUCAUGGUUUUCGGCUUUAACGAUCAGUCUACGGGCGCUUUGCUGCCCACGUUACAAGAGUAUUACAAUGCGUCUGCCAUCAAAGUGUCCAAUAUAUUUUUGGUACAGCUGGCAGGAUACACGACAGCAUCCUUCUGCAACGAGUUUGUUCAUCGGAAGUUCGGCACUAGGGGGGGAAUAUACCUGUCUGUGCUGCUCUGUACGAUUCCGUUCCUUAUCCUGGUGUGGAAGCCAAAGCGUCUCGGUGUCUAUGUGACAUGUUCAUUCCCAUUGGGACUAGCUAUUGGUAUUUUGGAUGCAACUGGUAACGUUUUAAUAGGCAAUUUGCUGGUCCAUAAGAACGAAUGGAUGGGGAUUCUGCACGCAACAUAUGGGGUUGCAGCGAUGGUAACACCUCCAUUUGUCUCAUAUUUUGUUCAAUGGGGGCAUUGGUCACUGUUCUUUCUAGUCCCGUUGGUAGUUGCAAUUCUGGCAUUGUUCUUGAGCAUUCCGUCAUUUAAGUAUGAGACCGCAGUAAAGUACGAUUACAUCUGUAACAAGGACGAAAAUCUCGACGAUAGUACCAACAGUGGUAACCGGGAAUCAUUCAUAGAAUUAAUGAAACAACCACCGAUUUUCCUUUACGCUACUUUCUUGUUCUUCUAUCUAGGAGCCGAGAUCACUACCGGUGCGUGGUUUUUCUCCUUUCUAUUGGAAACAAAAUUAGACGACAAGAUCAAGAUGUCAUACGUCGCAGCUGCAUUCUGGCUGGGACUAACCUUUGGAAGAUUUAUUCUUGGGUUUGUCACCAAGAGAGCGUUUGUUAACGAAUACAGAGCUGCCAAAACAUAUACUCUGUUGACGUUAUUUUUCUACACCAUAUUUGUCUUUGUUGGGCAUAUCUCCAGUCAUACAUUGGGGUACUUUGUGUUGCUGUUUAUCACAAUCUUUUGCUGUGGCUUCUUCAUCGGACCUUUAUUUCCCUCUGCCAGUAUUGUAGCAAUUCAAGUGCUGCCGGCAAGAUUGCAUGUCACCGGUGUUAGCAUUGCAGUGGCAUUUGGUGGGUGUGGUGGUGCGGUACUACCGUACCUGGCGGGGGCAGUUAUCCAUUGGUUGGGAAUUAAAUGCAUGCCGUUCUUAAGUUGGUUAUUUGUGACUUUCUUUAGUGUAGUUUGGUUGGCAUAUCCGCGGUUAAUCAAGGGACAUGAAGAAUUUUUGUAA